AUGUCCGACUUACCGCCAAGUUACGAGGCAUCACAAUCCUCACAGAAUGCUUCAGUUAAUCCACCCCCAUAUCACAACUGGCAAGAAGCAGUCCCAGACACCGCCACAUUUCCACCACCCCCCAUUGCCGGCUACCUAAUCUCAGGGACAGGGAACGCCUCCGAAGAUGACGCGCAGCGCGCCCACGAUUUCUGUGACUCGGUUCCACUCUGGCUCCCAACUCAGCCCUCACCCGCAGUUUACAAUGACGUGCAGGUCCAUGACUUUCGACCUGUACAGCCAACUGAGCUGCAUGGGCAGGUCUCGGCUGUUGCACGUGGCCACUGGCGUGGACACAGCGUCGACGGGAAUGGGGAUUGUGUCGUUCUGACCCAGCUGCCCAUGUACUUCCCUGCUGCAGACUCGCCCUUUGUCCGGGAGCAAAAGAAGACGAUCUACUUCGAGGUCAAAUUGUUGGCGCUGAGAGCCGGACCGACCCCGCAGGACUGUAGUGGGGUUUCGAUUGGGUUUGCGGCACAACCGUAUCCGUCCUGGAGAUCGCCUGGCUGGGAGAGGGGUGGGUUGGGAGUGUUUUCGGACGAUGGGUGUCGAUUUGUGAAUGAUUCGUUUGGGGGUCGGGAUUUUACGACGGCGUUCAAGGUGGGUGAGACGGUUGGAUUGGGGAUGGAAUUUGAGCUGCCAGAGAAUAUCUGCAGUGGGGAAAAGCAGAGUACGAAAUGCAAGGUGCAUAUCUUCUUCACGCGGAAUGGACGUCGAUCUGGGGGGUGGGAUCUACAUGAGGAGGUCGAUGCGGAUUCUGGGGGUGUUGAGGGCCUGGAAGGGGACUAUGACCUCUAUGGGGCGAUUGGGCUGUUCGGUGGCGUCGAUUUCGAGUCUUGUUUUGAGCCUGCAGGCUGGCUAUGGAAGCCGGAGUGA